AUGGUCACAGUAGCAGCGGCAGGCUUGCUGUUCGCGGCCUGCGCGGCAGCCGCACCGACAUUGCUCGACUCGCGCGCCGAGGACAUACUCGCGGCGUCCCUCCUGCAGACCCGCGACCUGCCUAUCGACCCACAGACGGCUGAGGCGAUUGCCCAGCAGGCCGAACGCGGCUUCCUCGACGGGCUGUUCAACAACAAGUACACGAACGGGCCGGCAUUCGACGUCUCGGCGACAAGCGGCGAGUGGGCACAGUGGGCACACUACCAGGCCGCCGUCUAUUGCGGACCCCAAAAGUUCAACAACUGGCAGUGUGGAGCCAACUGUGACGCAGUAGGCCCAAACAACGUCGUCGUCGGCAGCGGGGGCGACAACGAGGCGAAUCCGUGGUGGUACGUUGUCGACCGCGGCGACACGCUCGUCAUAGCCAUCACGGGCACCAACACGCAGUCGCCGUUGUCGAUAGGCGUCGACCUCAACUUUUUGCUUGUUCCGCCGGACCCCGCUCUGUUCCCCGGGGCAGCAGGUGUGCUCGUGCACGCCGGGUUUCACGACGCGUUCCGUCGCAUGGCGCCGGGGCUGACGGCCGCCGUGCGCAAGGGGCUCGCGGCGGCGACGCCAGGCACUCGGCGGCGCGUCACCGUGCUCGGGCACUCGCUGGGCGGGGCAAUCGGGCACCUCGUUGCUGUUUACCUCGCGCGGUUGCUAGGCGACCAGGCAGACGUGUACGCGCGUGUCUUUGCGUCUCCACGGGUCGGGAAUCCCGCGUGGGCCAACUAUGUCGACGCGACGCUCGGCGACCGCGCCCAGCACAUUGUCAACUUCAACGACCCGGUGCCGCACCUGCCCCCCAAGGACUGGGGAUGGCGCCAGAGCUCAAACGAGGUCUGGAUCCCACAGAUCGGCAGCCCCGAGCUCCGCCUCUGCAGCGGCCAAGAAAACACCAAAUGCUCCGACUCGCUCAACUUUGGCUUUGCGCUCAUCACCAGUCUGAUCAAGUACAUGGACGCUGAUGUGCAUUCCGGGCCGUACGCCGGCGUCAGGCUCAAGUGUUAA